CGCCAUUUUGUAUCGUCGUAAACCUGAUCACGUGACACGCCUGUAGAACGUGCGGUCUGUAGUGAGCAGACGAGAAAUUUGCUAUCAUUAGAGAGCCCUACUGUUAUAUACCUAACACAUAAUGUAACACCUGAGUGUCUGUAUUCCGCUACAGUUGGGAUUUAACCUGAUUCGAUGUAAAAUUAAACUGUAAACGUAUUGUUUGGGUACCAAGUGAACAAAUUCAAUCAAAAUGUGGAUUUUUAUGGUGUUUUUCCUUGGAUUAUCUUGUGCAGCCUCCUUGUCCAACGAUCAGAGAUUUACCUUCGAGAAGUCCUUCCAAGAGUUUUACCAUGGCAACGGUUACUCGGGAGCACAGGUCGGGGUUUACGUGGACGGGAGGCUGGUAUUCCUCCGUGGAUAUGGACACGACCACACCCGGACUGACAUCCGGCCAGAGUCUGUUAUGUCUAUCGCGGGAGCCUCAAAAGCCUUCACUGCCCUAGCAGCCCUAAAACUGGUAGAGGAGGGACAACUUGACUUGGGAUCUAAAGUGUUCGGAUCAGACGGGAUCCUGAGUACGUACGAGCCAUGGAGGGCCGAUCAAGUGGACCGUCGGAUAUACGACAUCACCGUGGAUCAUCUACUGCGUCAUAACGCGGGAUGGGACUCACAACGGUCUAACAUAUACGACCCUGUUUUAAAUAUAGCUUUACUGGAGAGAGGUUAUAAGGUGAAAAAUAUCGCCGACGAAAUGGAUCUGCCGCAGCCCAUUGAACCGGAUGACGUCAUCAGAUAUAUGAUGUCACGGCGUCUUGACUUUACGCCUGGCACUGACAGUGUUGUAUCAAACUUAGGGUAUAUUAUCCUGGGUAGGGUAAUAACACAGGUCUCCGGUAUGGAGUACUCCUUGUAUGUGAAAGAUCGCAUCCUCCAGCCGUGUGGAUUGAUGCACACGCGCAUAGGGCGCCCGCGUGUGUAUAAGCGAGAACAAGGUGAUAUGGAACCAGUUUUCCAGGGUUUUGGCGACGUUUUACCCAUAUUUGUUGACUCUGCGCUCGGGUGGGAGUCUAAUUCGGCAGACCUGCUCCGUUUGUUCAUGUGUAUAGACGGCUCUGGCGACUUCCAGCUCCUUAACAGGACUUCUAUCGCAUCUCUAAUGGCCAAACCUGAAGCCGCACCCGUCCAGCACCAUGACACGUGGAUUGGCGCGGGAUUCCACGUGAAUACCCACGGCGCUGUGUGGAUGAAUGGCGAAUACUACACGGAUGAUCUUGUCUUUUACCAUAAAGGUCCACUGCUACGACCAAAUCAUGGUACGCAUGACGUCGACACGGGAGGGCACGCACGAGCCUGGGCGAUCAUCAUGCAUGGACAGACAUUCAUACCCAUUCGAAACAUCAUCAGAAACAUGAUGGAGGCCAGCAGCACGAACUGGUCAACUGACGAUUACUUUACGAACGAUAUCGUAGACGUAUCAGCCAAGUACCAGGGUGUGCACCGCACGGUCAGGUUCAAGGUCAACGAGCAUCAUCUGACGUCAUUCAUCAACGCCGCCAAGCAGCUCCGCUAUGACAUCAUCUGGUUGAACGGCCUGACGUACCAGAACCAGACAUGGUUUACGGUCAUUGCCGAGAAACAAAAUCGUUCAAUCUACGACGAGUUCACAAUUGAACAUGGUCUUACUGAGAAGCAACUGUAUCACCGCAAAGUUGUACAGGAAAAACGAGGCUACAAUCUCACGUUCUUCCAAAACUAUCGGAGUAGAUCGCACCGUGAUAAAAAAGUGUUCGUCGCCAACUUCCGGCGCCACGCCUACAACAACCACACGAAGAUAAAAUACGGUCUGGAACACUUCACUCAGCCGUAUGACAAACUAUUGCACCUGUUUGUUGAGAAUGGAUACUAUCCCACUUCUCAGUCAUUGAUGUACGAAGGGUUUGACGGUCUCGUCUCAUUCGUUCUGGAGAAAGAUAUCAACGCCAAGGAGCAAAAGGAUUUCAAAUCAUAUGACGACAUCACCUUAUUCCGCCUGACUAAAACAGUCCAAAACAAUGCCCGGUACAGGAGGAAGCUAGCCUACCUUGAUGCGUCCGAUUAUUUCGGAAAACCGGUGUUCUCUGCGGUUUUCAUCCGGGAUACCAAUAGAAACAUGGUAUUCAAUGCUGAACUGACAGAAAACAGCAUGCGAACAAUUAUCCGGAGAAAUGAGGAGAGUGGCUUCUUGCCUAAGAUUAUUGCCGGAUACACGGACAAAGAUAAAAAUCUUAAGUACGCAAUGUGUCUUGAAAAGUGAAUGGUUAACAUUGAUCUUGUUGGAACUACGCAUGUUUCAUCUACAUGUACGUAAAGAAACUUGACUUUGCGUACAGACAGUAAUUCGAGCAUGAACUUCUUGAUCAAAUCGUGAUCAUCAAACGUUGCGCUAUGCCGAUCACUGCUUAAACGAUGUUUUAUCGAACAGUGCUAUUGACGGAUUUGUGCUAUUAAGACAUAUUGUACUGCUUAGUGGACAGUGAGACACGAGAUCGGGCGUCUCGGACACAUUGUGGUAGAGACUACAUAUAGUACUGAUAGACAUAUAGUGCUAGUCACGUGGACACCUCGUGCUAAGGACAACAUAUAGUGCUGAUAUCACGCGGACAUGUUACGCUUAUAUUUUUGCGUGGUGCUAAUUUUCAUAAUUUUCACGGCCCACACUCAGUGGAAACAUUUGCUAUACAUGUAUCUGAGAAAUAGUAGAGGAGCUUACGAUUCCACAAACGAGCACGAAUAUACCCCGCGGAAUCUACCACACAGGACAGUGUUUUCGGAAUUACGUAGCAGGAACAAAGUGUAAUUCGUCAUAUCAUCAACCCAUUACCUUCAUUAGACAGAGUAAUAUCAAUGCAUUGACAUGGCAACAGUGUAACCUAAUAAUAAGGAAUCCACCUAACAAUGCUAUCGGAGGCACAUAACUGUAUUUUGUACUAAGUAUGUAAUAUAAUUAAUACAGAAGACAUUUAUUUACAGGUCCGCCUUCUUACUCCAAUGAAUUUUCAGAUUUCAAAUUAUAGUGGCGAUAUAAGAUAGGGAGGAGAAAAUGAUUUCCGGAGUAAAAUGGGAAAAGUUUGCGACACUACGAAGUAAUCGAAGUGGCAAUUACGAAUACCUUCCAACGAAGGUACAUUGCAAAUUCAACGAAUUUAUCGGUAUAUACGUCUCAGCUUUACACAUGAUAGCCAACCGCUAUACAUGUACACCAAAUCGUACAACUCCGAAUAGAUAAAGAAGUGGGCUUUUUUGUUUGAAUAGUUAAAUAGAACGAUCGUCAAACUUUGACAUCGACUGUUUUUAUAUGUAUAUAUAUAAUAUUAACUCGUUAUUCUCUAAAUCACAAGAAUCUCAAUAUAGUGCAACCUCAGAAGUCUGCAAAUAUUUUGUAUUUCAUCUCAAACCUUAUCGGUAUGAUAAUAAGCAUACGUAUAUAUAUACAUUAUAUAGUUCAUACAUCGUGUCCGGUUUUCUGGAUUAUCAAGGAAUUUUCUGGAUUAUCAAGGAAUAGACUUAUCAUACAUUUUAAUAAUCCGGAUCUCGUUUAUAUUCCGGAAUUAUUUUCCGGAGAACACAUGUCCGGCUAAUACUUAUUCCACUGUAGGAACUAUUUCUACAUCAUGUAGUUGUGUUAGUCUCGCUGUGGUAAAUUUGCAUAAUAGCAUGCACCAGUAUGUAUAACCAUACGUCAUAACCGACGUCAUUACCAUGGCAACAAGUUUUGCAUUAGGCCUACAUGUAGUAUGUUUGUGAUUUACGUUGAUAUGUUUGCGUUCAUAUUUUGCGUUAUAACUAAUAUGUUUGUAAAUACAAAUAUAUAUUUAUCUUUCUUUUUCAUAUAAUGUAUGAUCAUGGCCAGCACACGACUACGUUAAUGUUCUUCUUUACAUUUCCGUUAAGACGAAAGAUACGAAAAUCAACUGGUCUAAUAUAAUUAUCUUCUAAAAUAGUAAGGACUUCAACGAGUCGACAAUAAUUAGUCUUGGUCAAGUCCGAAAUUUGACCGAUCGAGGUACUGACCAAAUUUGUUCACGACAUAGAACGUCUUUUUUGCGACUUUGAAAAAAAAUUAACAUAAGACUUACUUCUUCAUACCUUAAGAAAUAAUUAACAAAUUUAACGCUGUGAAAAUCUUUACGGAUUUUAUAAGCAGUAGAACAAAUCUGACGUCGUGUUGCUGAAUGUCAUGAAGAAAGCGGGGACGAAAACUUACAGUUUGUGUACAUAGUUUUAUGUAGUUGUACAUACUUACAAAAAAAAACCUUAAAGUAUAUAUGUCAGUGUAUAGAGUAGCAGCUGGUCAUUAUACCAGUAAAAUACGUGUAUGUACAUUGUUGUAUAAUGUUUAGUUUCUAAUCACAGUAAAACCUCGUUAUACUGCCACCAUUUAUUUAAGAAAUCUUUUGAUGUUUACUUUUAAAAGGCCAGUAACGUAUCGUUGGAGAUAAAUAUUUAGGAAUUGUAAAUAUAUAGAAGGCCUUGAAGUAUGUUUACGGAUAUUGGGGUAGAAACCAAAGCAAUCGUGUGGCAUUAUACCGAGGGUCUACUAUUAGGUACUAGUAGUACUGCUGUUACAAUUAAUAGGUUUUGGUAUUAGGUUUGACAUAUAGCUACGUAUAUACCUGAAUACUUCUUGAAUAUAAUUAUGAUUACUUGUACAUGUAAAAGAUUUAUCAUACACUUUCUAUCAAAUCCAUAAUUAAGAGUAGCAUAUAUAAAUAUAUAUGUUUUCAUGCCAGACGACGCAACGACUUAAUGUAGUCCGAGUAUCCCCUGACCCUUGUACCCUUAUAGUUACAACGUAACCCGAGUCAAUGGACAUUCAGACUGUUUCAUACAUUACUAGUCAUUGGGUCGGAGAAGGAUUCCUGAUAUAAUUUCAUUAUUUGGAAAUAAUUCGAAUUAGACUGUAAAUUUCAAAGAUCCACAAAUGAGCUCUAAAUACAUUUCUUACUAUUCUUGACUAUUACAUAUACGACAAGUUAGCUGCCUCUAAUCUUAGUAUAUGUGCUAUAGAUUCCAUUGUAUCUGUUGACUUUAUAUCUGUUAAUAAAAAAUGUGCCAUUAUA